ACGCGAUCAAUGUCAGCUCUGGAUUCCGAGCCCUCGUCGGCGGCGGCGGCGCCCAAGAAGCCAGUCGCCAUCAUAACUAUCGGAAUGGCCGGCGCGGGCAAAUCAACCUUCGUUCAGCGCAUCAACUCGUACUUGCACACUCAGUCGACGCCGCCAUACGUCCUGAACCUCGAUCCCGCUGUAUCCUAUGUCCCCUUCGAACCGAACAUCGAUAUUAGAGAUACGAUAAACUACCAGGAAGUAAUGAAGCAAUAUAAUCUAGGGCCGAACGGAGGGAUCUUGACCGCGCUCAACCUCUUUACGACGAAGUUUGACCAGGUGCUGGGCUUGAUGGAGAAGCGCGCGGAUACGGUUGACCACUUCAUCCUCGACACACCAGGACAGAUCGAGAUAUUCACCUGGUCUGCCUCUGGCGCCAUUAUCACCGAUGCUGUCGCCUCCACCUUCCCCACUGUUGUUGCAUACAUCAUCGACACCCCGCGAACAACCGCGCCCGCGACAUUCAUGUCGAACAUGCUCUAUGCGUGCAGCAUCCUCUACAAAACCAAACUCCCCUUCAUCCUCGUUUUCAACAAGACCGACGUCACCCCGCACGACUUUGCGCUUGAGUGGAUGCACGAUUUCGAGGCCUUCCAGGCCGCGCUCGCUAGCCACGGCGGCACGACGGACGCGGAUGGGGAGCCGACGUAUAUGAACAGCCUAAUGAACAGCAUGAGCUUGGUCUUGGACGAGUUCUAUAAGCACCUGAAGGCCGUCGGCGUCUCAUCCAUGACCGGCGACGGCGUCGACAAGUUCUUCGAAGCCGUCGAGGCCUCGCGCGAAGAAUACGAGAAGGACUACCUCCCCUCCAUCCUCGCCGCGCGCAAGGCGCGCGAAGAAACUCUGCAAGCCGCAAAAACGAACUCGAUGAACCGGCUGAUGAAGGACCUGGCGGUGGAUCGGGAGACGAAGCCGGGCUUUGCGGAGCAGGAUCGGUGGAACGCGGACGCGGAGGACGAGGGCUUUGACGACGAUGCGGACGAGGAUCCGGAUAUCAACUUCAUUGAUAAGACCGACGGCGACUGGUCCGGCCAGUACAUCGACGUCACGCGCAUGCCCGCGCACUCGUCGGAUAAGGGAACGAAUUGGCCAAGGCCGAUGUAAGUGAGCGAGAUGAGGGAGAGGUUGAGCGAGGGAGAUGAGGGCGAGGGCGAGCGAGCGAGCGUCGGGCGGAGUGGGCGGUGCGUAGGAGAGAGCCUCCAACGCGAGCCGCGCUGGCAAUGUGCGCAAAAAAUGUACUUUACUCACUUCCAUAUCUGUAUCUCUAGACAUAGCGUAUCGAAGGCAUCGGCAGCCAUUGCACGAUCACUCUUCCUGGCC